AAAAAAAGUCAACCAUGGUUUUCACAAUGUUUGAUAAUGAAAAACUUGACAAAAUCCUAGAAAGAGAUUUCACGAAUGUGUUCAGGCUAGGACAUAUAAAUGUCGAGGGAGUUGUAAUGCCGAAAAGGUUCGCGGAAAUGAAAAGUGAAAUUUUGAAUUGGAACGUAAAUGAAAAUGAUGUGUGGAUAUGCAGUUUCCCGAAAACAGGUACUACUUGGACUCAAGAAAUGGUAUGGAUGAUAAUGAACAAUUUGGAUUUCGAAAAGGGUAAAACCAAUUUAGGAAUUCGAUCGCCGUUUUUAGAAGUUACAGCUCUUUUCGAUUACCGGAAUUUCCAAAAAGAAAAUACAGAUUUUCAUCCUCCUCCUUUCAUAGAAGAUUCGCUGAAGUUUGUCAAAGAGUCCAGUCAAAAUGGACCGUUAUGUAUAAAAACUCAUCUACCAUGGCCUCUUCUACCAAAAGAAAUAAGGGAUAAUAUAAAGAAACCUAAGAUUAUUUAUGUUACUCGAAAUCCCAAGGAUACCUGUAUAUCAUAUUACAAUCAUUCAAAAUUGAUGGAAGGCUAUAAAGGAAACUUUGAAAAUUUCUGCGAAUUGUUUCUUGCAGGCAAACUGAGUUUUGCACCAUACUGGAAUCACAUUUUUCCUUUUUGGGAAAGGAGAAAUCAACCAAAUAUUUUGUUUUUAAAAUACGAAAAAAUGAUCGAUGAUCUUCCUUCAGUUAUUAAAGAAGUUGCGGAUUUUUUAGAAAAACCUCUGACAUCCGAAAAUAUCGAUGCUUUAUCCAAGCAUUUAAGCUUUGAAAGCAUGAAGAAUAAUCCGUCUGUUAAUUACGAAGUAGUGAUAGGAAUGCAUAGAAAAUUCAAAUUAAUUGAAUGCGAAGGAAAUUUCAUGAGAUCGGGGAAAGUUGGAGAUUAUAAAGCGAAAAUGAGUCCGGAUAUAAUUCAAAAAUUUAAUGAUUGGACAGAAGAAAAUACCAAAAAUACUGAUUUUAGUUAUUAAUAUUUUCUUUCCUUGUAAAUUGAUAAUUAUAUUGUUUCUAUUUGA